CAAACCCAAGCCAGAUCUGCUACAUGAACUCCAGCCUGCAGAGCCUCAUCACACUAAAGGACUUCAGCAGAGACGUCAGCAGCCAGGAGGAGGUGUGGAAUUCAGUUCCUGAGGCUGAACUCAUCAGAAGUUUCAUGAACGUUGUGUUGUGCCAACGAUCCAUGGACUUCUCCCACAAACUGAGGACCCUCAACCUGUUCAGAAGGGCCCUCUCAGUCCAGGCUCCUGAGUUUGGGGAUAACUACCAGAAAGACGCUCAUGAGCUCCUGAUGACCGUCUUCCAUCAGUUCAGGAGUCUGGCCCCACUACUGAAGGAAUUCGCCGCCAUGAUGGGAAGGAGCUACAGAUGCCCUGUCGAGGAACACCUGGUGUUCACAAUGCGAAACACCAGGACCUGCAAGAGAUGUGGAGCCGGGUCUACUUGUAAGGAGGACUUUACCAACCUGUCUCUCAACCUGGUGCCUGGAGCCUCAGUUCAGGAGAUGCUCCAGGAUUACCUUAUGGAGACAGAUUUGGAGUUCAGGUGUGACUGCACUGCCAACACAUCCAGCCAGCAGUCCACCUUCGUGACCCUGCCCAAAGUUCUGAUGCUGAAUGUGAAGCGUUUUUGCUUCACUCCCUUCAAGCAGAUGAAGAAGCUGAGCGACCUGGUCCACAUCUACAGAGAGCUGAUGCUGACCUCCAGCCAGAAUGAUGGCUGGUACAGUCUGGUUAGCAUCAUCAGCCACUUGGGCUCUGAAGUAAACAGUGGACACUACAUCAGCGAUGGGAUUCAUCCAGAUACCGAGCUAGAUGACCCCGCUGACCACUGGCUGACCUUCAACGAUGCAGAGGUCACACACACAACCGGGGACUCUGUGAUCCAGCAACGUCAGCAUACAGCCUUCAUCCUCUUCUACCAAAGAAGACAGAUGUAGAGCAGCCCGGCAAUGGGGGACUUCAGACAAGGUGAACACAGAGGACCAGUACAGACUUCCGGAUCAGCAGAAGGUAGCCCCCACAGCCCUCAGGAGGAGCGGCUUCUCCCAGAGAGCCAGGUUCCUCCCGAGGUUUCUUCCUAUAACAGGGAGUUUUUCUCUCGCCACCGUUGCCUCUAAAUCUAAAAUCUAGACAGGCCAAAUCAGAAUUCAUCUCCAACAUACUUCAGGCUCAUUUGGCAGUAGAUUGGACUAGAGCUAUCCUUUUUAUUGUUCAUUUUCAUCAUUAGAAUUGGAGAUGAGUUGGUCUAUAUUA